AUGGCCGAAAUUGAAAACCGAUUUGUGCCGCAAGCUGGUACACUCCGCAGUGCCCUACUCAAGGAAGUUGCUCACGAGAUUUUGAUACACGGGGGAAAGUUAAAGUAUUGUCUUUUAGAUCCUGCGGCGAUGACCUAUAGCCAGAGUCAUUCCAUCAAGAUUAGCAGCUUGACAUCCCUUCGAAAGAAAUUAGGCGACAUGAAAUUUUUAUCGCAGCAAUUGUAUUCACGUUACAAGAAGCAGCAAAAGCUGACCAAUAUGUGCUGUUAUACGCCAACACUGGUUUUGAGUGACAAUGGUAUUAGGGAUGUCAAGAUCUUUGUGAUUUUGCUUUUUGUAGUUCUUGCAAAUAAAGAUAAAGUUUUAUUUAACAAUCAGAAUUAA